CGCCAGUCUCUCCAGCAUCUGCUCAAUGAACGGCAGCGGGAAGUGGUCCUUCUGAGUGGCGUCGUUGAGAAGCCUAUAAUCAAUGCAGACACGGUACCUGAUAGACCAUUAAUUACACAUGUUUUCACCCCUGUUCUUACACCGUUUGAGAUGUGGUUUCUUGUGUUUUAGACCGAUUUCACGCUAGGUUGUGCUUGUUCGUGAUAUUUCAGGUCCUGGCAAGUGAAUGAAGGUUUAGGAGCGAGUUCGGGGUCGAUUGGGUGAAUAUCGGGCGCGAGGCAAGUCACAAAGGAAGUCGCACGGGCACAUCCACAACCUGCACGGCCGUGCAAGUGACCAGUUUGGCCGUGUGGGAUUGUGCGAGAGCAAACACGGGCAGAGCAGAAAAUCCGCAUGGCCGUGCAAGGUGAGCUGCACGGCCGUGCGACCCUGGCCGUGUAAGAAGCCUGGAAUUCAACUAAUCGAUACACUGCGUUUUGACUCGCACGGGCAACUGGGUGAGCUGCACGGCCGUGCGGCCUGCCCGUGUGAGUCGGGAAUUGCUGUUUAAAACCCGAUUUUCAGCCAAAUGAAGGAGGAGAGCUGGGUUUUUGGUUCCCAAACACCCAAGGGACGAACCCUAGAGAGAGAGAGCGACUUGGGAACAUUCUUGGAGCUAUUUUGGAAGAUUUCUUCGCCAUUGGAGCUCGGGAAUCAAUCUUGAAGAUGGAGAUUGAAGAUCUAGAUCAGAUUUCUGCAGUCUCUCUCUUCUCUAUGGAGUAACUUCCCUUCACUUAGAUUUUGAGGAACCCUAGUUCCAUGAGUUAGGAUCUUUCUUGUAUGAAGUUUUGGAUGCUAUAUUGUUUGAUUAUAAUCGAAUGAUGCAUGUUUAUUGAGUCAAUUGAAGUCUGAUCAACUUUUCCUGAUUUCUGCUGCAACCUGAGAUAGAUAGAAUAUGAUUAGUUUGUUAGAGCCUCAUCAUUCGGUAGUAGGAGAUUGGCUAUACGAGAGUUAGUCAGUUUACUGCUUUGUACUGGAAUCAAAUUCCAGUAGUGGAGUUCUGUGCUUAUUGCUUCAGCUUUCUAUCCCGGUGAUGACUAGUCGUCUGCCGGAUAGUUCGACUGAGAGGGCUUGGUCAGCUUAAGAGAUUCCAAGCUACUGUCGGAUCUUCCGCAGUUUAAUCAACAGUAAAACAACCAAAAGGAAUUACAACUGGGAUCUAAUUGAGGAGCUAGGGGGAAUCAUACCUAAGUGAGUUCCCAAACUGUAAUUAGUAGUUUUACUUAGUUUAGUUAGUAGGGUAGUUUAGUUAAUCAAUCCUUAAUCUAGUUUGCUAGAUAAUGAACUGAAGCUGAGUAAUAGUAACUCUAGAGACCCGUGGAUUCGUUAUUUAUUACUUAUGCUACUAUACUGCAGUCCCUUUCAUUGGUUACACUUGGCCAUUGUUAGGUGUUGUGUUUUAGAGCAUCAAGUUUUUUGCGCCGUUGCCGGGGACUUUCUAGAUUAUUAGGAAAGGCAGAAGUUUGUUACUUUAGCGUUUUUCUUUUCUUUUCCACCCUUGCUUUUCACUUGGGUGUUUUUUGUUUUUGUUGGUGCAGAUCUGAAUCAUGGAUCCGCAUGGCUUCUCCAACCAGUGGGGGUAUCCACCAGCAUCCGAGUGGUAUUACCCCGAGACUCCCUGGAGCAAUCAAGGAGGAGAAGACUAUGGAUUCGGGUUCCAGUACCAACCCCCUUUCUACGGAGAACAACCAAACCCUUGGGCAUAUCAAGAACAACCUCAUUACCAAGAAGACUUUGUCCCACAACCAGAAGGUCCAUCGGAGCUGGAGUUACCCAUGGCAGCCUUCACGGGCCACUCUGCAGAGCCAUGCUACACUUCACUGGAAGAUCCGAACAAACAAUUAAGGCUUCUCGUGGAGCAGUUUGCUCGAGACACUGAGAGAUCAUGCUCCAAGAUGGAUCUUCAAAUCAAAGCCCUUGCUGCUUCUGAUCCCUCAUUUCUCCAGGAUAUGGAGGAGAGUGUUCAGCGCUCAACGAAGCAAACAGAGUGGGUGGAGCAAGUUUGCUCACAUCUUGCUCAAGAUCACCUUUCUGCUACCACGCUAGAAGAGGUGGAGGAUGACAAAGGCUACAGGAGCGUUGAGGAGCAUACAGAAGUUAUCACAGAGAACUCCCAUGAUAAUCAAGAUCAGGAACGUCCUCUGGUUGCAGAUCACACCUUUCCUCAUUUAUGCUCUAAAAUGCUGGGGCCGUGCGAGGAGAUGCAAGCUGAUGCCAUUGAAGAAAUUGCUUGGCGACUUGCUCUCCAAUCUGUUCUAGAAGAAGAAGAGCGAGCAAGGAUGAGGAAGGAAGUUGUGGAGGAUGAGGAAGAAAGAAAAGAAGAGGUGGUUCUUGAUCUUUUCCCAGGGGUGAUACCACAUGAAGAAGAAAGGGGGUUUCAGGAAGUAAUUGGCGUCCGGGCUGAGGACGGAGUUAAGGUGGAAGAGGCCUGCACCGGCCAUGAGUUGCAAGUAAUAUCCCCACCAAACUUUGAGGAACUGCUUAGCAAGGACCCAUUUGCAGUGUCUCUUUGCCAGACCAAGGCCACAUAGACAUCGGUCCCUCUUGGUGGACGCGAUGGUGGCCAAUCGAUGCUGUCAUAUCUGGGUUGGGGCAAUGAGACGAGAGAAGAGAAGAAGAGGUCUCGAGGGUGGAGACUUCAUCUGCAUCAAGUACACGAGCCUUCAUCACCUGCCACACCACAUGCUCGUGACUUGAGACUCCACCUCAUCGAAGAGAACCUCAACUUCAAGGAGGUUCUAGCAUGGACCGAAACUUAGGAGCCAUCGUCCGGCUCACAACGUGAAAGAAGCGUUUGUUGGGAGGCAACCCAACUAGUCGGUUUGCAUUUCUCUCUAUUUCUCCUCGGUUGAGUCAGUUUUGCUAUUUGAUUUUAGAGUCAAUAACUCAACCUUUGUGAGAUUUUGUGUGGUGUUUGUGUUCUGAUUACUCUCUCUUUCUGGAAUGCACCGCCUGACCCGUUCAUCAUCAUUCACCCUUGAUCUGGUAACUUCGUUCUACCCUCCUUAUCUUUCCUCCAUUGAGGACAAUGUCGUGCUUAAGUGUGGGGGGAUGUUCGAUUAUGUAUGCGGGUGAAUGUUUGGCUGUUUGUGUGCUUGGAGCCUAGUCCAUUGUCCAAAUUUUUAAAUUUGAGGGCUCCCAGUACGUGUUCCUUGCAAUUGCCUGCUCAGUAUGCUUUGAAUUGACAGUCUUUAUAGUAAUAUGCAACCUAGGGAGGUAGUGUAGCACUAUGGAGGAUGUUGAUGCAUUUAAGAAAUCUCAUUUCUUCUUCAUACUGUGUUGGUUGAUUGAGUGAAUUAGUGAUCUUAGGACCCUUGAAUUAUGUGGUGUUGUGGACUCUCUACCUGUCAUGGACUCUUGUAUCAUGUUUUGAAAGUAAUAGGUGCUCGAAAAUGUGCUUCAAAAUAACGUCUCCCGUACGAAUAGGGCGAAAGUGUGUAAGGGGAGACGGGAAUUCGUUCCCAAUUUCCACCUACUACCUCCAGCCCCUUACAUGUCUUUCCCCCGCACGAGGCUCGAGACAUCCGCUCCUGGCAUGGCCGAUAAGAGCAGGUUGGGACCCUUGAAAAAAAAAGAGUAAAGAAAAAAAAAAUAACAGAAAACAAGCAAAACAGAAAGAAAAGGGGUUCCAACCAUCUUCAAAGAAAAUAGAGCACCUUGA